AUGGCUUUGCUUGAGAUAUCAUGCUUUUCGGUGGAGAGCGCGAUACUUGCUGCGAGAGCAGGCGCGGACCGAAUCGAGCUCUGUAACGAGCAGAGUGAAGGUGGCACCACGCCGCCGGCAGACUGGAUCGCUCAAGUAAAGGCAGCCGUCGAUACGCCCAUGUUCGUUAUGAUCCGGCCACGCGGCGGUGCCUUCCAGGUCAAUGAUGCGGAGUUCGAAACGAUGAAGGCAUCAAUUGACGCCUUCAAGAAUCAAGUCGCCGGGUUCGUUUUUGGCAUAUUGGAUUUGGACGACACAGUGGACAUUGCUCGAACAGCAGAGCUUGUUCAAAGAGCGAAGCCGCUGCCCUGCACCUUCCAUAAAGCUUUCGACCAGACUCCGAAUCUCCUCGCCGCCUUAGAAGACGUCGUUAGGACAGGCAUCAGUUUCGUGCUCACAUCGGGAGGAGCACCUAAUGCGCUUGCAGGUGUGCAGCCACUGAGACAGCUUGUGACCGCGGCUCGGAAUCGGGUGACCAUUCUCACUGCUGGAGGCGUGCGCCUGAAUAAUCUUGCUCAGAUUCGACAGUCCUCCGGCGCGAAGGCGUUUCACUCGUCGGCCUUGGAUCGAGGCAGUCUGUUACCAAAUGUCGAGGACAUUCGCCAGAUGAAGCGAAUGCUGUCCGUGGAAGUGGCUGAUUCUGCUGCAGCUGAUGAGGGCUCUCAAGAAUAG